AUGGUCCAAGAUCGUCAAGGCGAGGAGAAGCCCGAGGGCUUCUCCAAGUAUCUCAAACGGAUGAAGACCGUUCUUCGACCUCGCUCAACAUCCAAGCGCCAAUCUCUUGUCGCUCAAGAAGCUGUUGAUACCGUCGACCCAACAACUGUGUCAUCGCCAGCUCCAGCUCCAGCAGCUACCCCAGCCCAGGAGCCUAUUGAGCCAGAACCCGUGGUCAUGACCGAGUACAGUACCACACCUCGUGCGAAGACCAGCGCUCUCUUCGCCAAGUACGGUCUCACUCUCGACCCAGGCGCAUGGGAUACCCCCGCCGACCUCCAACUCAACCGGGUCGCAAAGCCAAUCCGUAUGCGGGUCCGCCGUACCUGCCACCGCUGCGAAACCACCUUCGGCGCCGAGAAGGUCUGCAUCAAUUGUUCGCACACACGCUGCACGAAAUGUCCUCGCUUCCCACUCGAUCGUGCAGAAGGCGAGCCGCAUAUCCGCAAGCCCAACAUCCACGAUAUGAGCGCCACCCACCCUCGAGGUCUCGCCAUGAUGCCGAAUCUCAAGUAUACCGGCAAUGCGAACCAUCCUCUCACGAAGCUCUCACACACGGGAGGUCAGGACUUGAUCCGAAAACCGGUCCGCCAGCGCGUCCAUCGCAGCUGCCAUGUAUGCACUGCGCAAUUCUCGCCCGGCACGAAGAAAUGCGAAGUUUGCAGCCAUGUCCGCUGCAAAAAGUGUCCCCGAGAUCCUGCCAAACUGGAUAAAUAUCCUGAUGGCUAUCCGGGUGAUGCUGACCCGCCCAAGGCCUUGCCUAAUCGUACUUUCAGGAUGCCUCGUCACAGGGUUCAUUACGUGUGCCAUGUGUGCACUACUUCGUAUCUUCAAGACAGCGACACUUGCACAAAAUGUGGUCAAGUCAAAUGUGCUGAGACCAUACGGAUUCCACCAAAGAAAAUCAAACGAGAACCAGACCCCGAAGUUGUUCGGACUGUUGAAGAAAGGCUAGCAGGUCUGGCAAUUACAUCGAAGCCAACAGCCACGGGAGGUUGA